AAGGGAAAGCCGUAUGAGGCGAGGAGACGGAGGGCGAGCGUCUCGGCUGGCUCGGGCGGGGGUCUUUUCCCGACCAUGGCGUCCUCCUCCGGACGUAACCGGCGAGGAGAACCAGGAGGAGAAUAUCGGCAUGAACUUAAUGGAGUUUUCCGACGAAAUCCUCUUGCACAUCCUGCGAUAUACUUCCGUGUCGGAUCUUGUCUUGAAUGUGCGAAGCGUCUGUCGGAAACUCUCCACUCUCAGUCUCGACAAAAGCCUCACUCACACGGUGAUGCUGCAUAAAGAUUACCAGGUGGACAAAGACAAGGUGAAACAGCUGAUGAAGGAGAUCGGAAAAGAAAUCCACGAGCUGGACAUGACCGGCUGUUACUGGUUGCCUGGCUCGACCGUCGAUCAGGUGACCCGCUGCAAGAAUUUGGUGAAGCUGAACCUCUCCGGCUGCCACCUCACCUCCCUUCGCCUUUCGAAGAUGCUCUCGGCCCUGCAGCACCUCCGCUCGUUGGCCAUCGACGUGAACCCCGGCUUCGACGCCUCCCACCUGAGCAGCGAGUGCAAAGCCACCCUGAGCCGGGUGCUGGAGUUGAAACAGACUCUCUACACGCCCUCCUACGGGGUGGUUCCUUGCUGCACCAGCCUGGAGAAGCUGCUGUUGUAUUUUGAGAUCCUCGAUCGAUCCCGGGAAGGUCUGAUCAUCUCCGGGCAGCUCAUGGUAGGAGAGAGCAACGUGCCCCAUUACCAGAACCUACGGGUCUUUUACGCCAGGUUGGCGCCUGGCCCGGUCAACCAGGAAGUGGUGAGGUUGUACUUAGCAGUGCUGAGUGACCGGACGCCGGAAAAACUUCACGCUUUCCUCAUCUCCGCCCCCGGUGGGUUUGCCCAGAGCUGUGCCGUUAAAAACCUCUUGGAUUCCAUGGCCAGGAACGUGACCUUAGACGCCCUUCAGCUGCCACGGUCCUGGAUGAACGGAUCCAGCCUCCUGCAGCACUUGAAGUUCAGUAACCCUUUUUACUUCAGCUUCAGCCGCUGCAGUUUGUCUGGCGGGCAGCUGGUCCAGCGCGUGUUGAACAGCGGCAAAGACCUGGGCAGUUUGGUCGGCUUGAACCUGAGCGGCUGCGUCCACUGCCUGUCGCCCGAUUCCUUGUUGCGGAAAGCGGAAGACGACAUCGAUAGCGGUAUCGCCGAAGCCCUGGUGGACACCUGCUGUAACCUGAAGCACCUCAACCUCUCCGCCGCCCACCAUCACAGUCCGGAAGCCCUGGGGAAGCACCUUUGCCAGGUCCUCGCUCGUCUGAAAGGCCUCCUCUCUCUGGCGCUGCCGGUUUGCGCCGUGGCUGACGUGGCCGCCACCCUGCUGACGGUCGACAAGCCUUCGGUGCAGCCGGUGGCUCACUCGGUCUCUCAAGGGUUCGGGAAAAAAGUCCGCAUCGGGGUGCAGACUUAUCCCAGGAACUGCUUGGAGCAGAGCCAUCCCAGACCGCCGCCCUCUGUCUUUUGGACUCUUCUGGAAAACCUCCCGUUUCUGGAAAAAUUGGAGCUGAUCGGCUCCAGUUUUUCCUCGGCCAUGCCGCGGAACGAGCCGGCCAUUCGGAACUCCCUGCCCCCUUGCAGCCGGGCGCAGCAUGUCGGGGACGCUGAAGUGGCUGCCAUUGGCCAGCUGGCGUUCCUGCAAAGCCUCACCUUGGCUCAGUUGCCCAAUAUUCUCACGGGCUACGGGCUCGUGAACAUUGGGGUGCAGUGCCAGCGGCUGCGGACUCUCUCCUUGGCCAACCUGGGCCUGAUGGGGAAAGUGAUGUACGUGUCGGCUCUGGUGGACAUGCUGAAGCACUGCAGGUGUCUGCAAGAUCUCAGGCUUGAGCAGCCCUACUUCCACGCCAACGCCCAGUUCUUCCACGCCCUGAGCUGCUGUUCCUCCCUGCAGCGUCUCUGCAUCAUCUCCCGGAGUGGGACCCUCCAGUCCGACGCCGUGAUGUCCUUCAUGGCUGCCUGCCGCGAGGUGAUCAUGUGCCACAUGUUCAUGGGGGAGUCGCUCACCCUUUGCAAAAGCCUACAGCAGACCCUGAUACGGAGUUUCCAGGCGGAGCGCCCUGCGCUGAACGUGGUUGUGUUCCCUCUCCUGCACGAAGACCUAACCGAGGUUAUCCGGGACGUCCCCAUGAUGCACCUGGACGAGAUCACCUUGUUCAAAAGCCGAGUGGCCGAGGAGCCGCCGAAUUUGUGGUGGUGACGGGGGAAGCCCCGCCAGAUUAGGUCCCAGAAGCCGGCCACUUUUCUUCUCCUCCUUGGUCGAGAGUUCGCUGCUUUUGGAGUCUCGUGUCCGUUGUUGGAACGCUGUUUCGCUUCUCGAUGCCGCUCCGAGGAUCCCACUUAGGCAAAAUUUGCCCUUGGGGAAAGAAAUUGUAACCAGUAUCACCAUUAAUAUUAUUAUUAUUAUUUUUUUAAAAAUGCUAACCCUUCCUCGUUCCUGCAAAACGUGGGAACGGGCGGCGGCUAGAAAUGGGACCUUCCCCGUUCAGUGUUCCUUCCUUGCUAUUUAAUGUCUGAAUUCUUGUUUUAACUUGAGGUGGGAUUCAAGGUAAGAAGAAUGUCAGUUUGAAAGAAUGUACUUUUUCCCCCCUCCUCCUCCUCUUCCGAGUCGCAUCGUUUGGGGAAGCAACCUGAUUUUCCUGUCUUCGUCCCUUGUGUGGGUUUUUCCUCGCAACCUGGGUCCCUUGAAGCUGUUGUGGACUUCAGCUCUCAGAAUUCCCCCCACAGCCAGCGUGGAGACGAAGUCCAAGCAUCUCACGCUUGCCCAGAGUUGAGAAACAUCGUUCUUCUGCUCCAGGAUUAUGCUCUCCUUCGCUCUUGAAGGCACUCCAAAAAAAUGAUUGCAAAAGACCAACUGUCUUGAACUCGUGGGAAUCCAGAUGAAUUUGGGAUUUUUAGCAAUUGCUUUAACUCCGGUUGCACCGCUGCUUUUUUUUUUUUUGCUAAUCUGACAAGUGUGCCCUUCCUUCAGCUUUCUUGGAGCCCCUUCCUCUUCCCUGGAAAACCCCCCUGAAAGUCAGAAAGCGAUUUAAAAGCGGUGUUAAAUGGCGAGAGGCCAGAAGCCUUCCCAUCCGCAUUAAAUGCACAGAAGGGACGGCUUAGAAUUGCUCUUAAAUCGCUCCGAAUAUUCCGCCUGUUUCUUCACCGCUAUUUUUAUUUUAGCAGGAGCAACCACACUUCUCUUGACUAAAUCCCCAUCCGGCAGGAGCAGUUGCGGUUCUAAAAAUCGAGAAUGUAAUCGUGGAGAGCGGACGCCCUCUGUCUCGUGAGGGGUCCGCCUAGAGAGUUAGGUUGCAGGAGAAAAUGGUGGAACCUAGCCAGCAUAUCUUCUUCAGGCCUCCUCUAGGUGAUGGCAUUCGGGUGGCUUCGUAGACAAGUAAAAGACACCCUUGUGAAGAGGGAGUCCAUCCAUCCAUCUCUGCUUUUCUCCUGAAAUCCGACAUCCUUUUGAAGAGAGAAGCAAGCUGUGGCGCUAAAGAUACCAUCUUGGAUCGAGCCUGCCAUUUCUAGUCCUUGACAAAACGCCACUGGUAGUCCAGCGUACCUCUGAGGGGCAGGUUAAGGGUCCGUGGAGACCGCAGGGGUACCUUCGAGCCAGCUGCUUCCCUUCAAGGAAACCCUUCUGGUCUUGGUUUUCUAGGUUUUAAAGUAAGGGUGUCCAACCUUGUGCCCCUUUAAGACUUCAACUCCCAGAAUUCCCCAGCCAGAUGGAAUUCUGGGAGUUGAAGUCCACAAGCCUUAAAGGGGCGUCCCAGUUUUAGAGGAUCUUUCCUUAGGGCCGUGAUGGCGAACCGAUGGCACGCGUGCCACAGGUGGCACACAGUGCCGUAUCGGUAGGCACAGGAACUCAGCUCCAGCUGUUUCCUGCCUCCGGAGGGCCUGGGGUGGGUGGGGAAGGCCCAUUUUUCGCUCUCCCCAGGCUCCAGAGCCUUUUCUAGGAGCCUGGGGAGGGUGAAAAUGGUGGGACCGGAAGUCAGCAAAUGGGCCGUUUCCGGCCUCCGGUGGAGCGGGGAAGGCCGUUUUCCCCCUCCCCAUGCUCCCAGACUGGCUCUGGAGCCUGGGGAGAGCAAAAAACAGGCCCACUGGGCCAUCACAUGCCAAAAUAAGGGGGAGCACAGGACGGGGUCAUAGAAUUAUGGUUGCUUUUGGCAUGCGAUGGCAAAAAGGUUAGCCAUCACUGCCUUAGGGGGUCUGUGCUCCACCUGUGUUCCACCUGUAGCUGCUCCACCAGUAACUUUGUCCUGGGGGGAGGGUGUGUCAGGCAGGCUGGAGAAGACAUUUUGGGAAGGCGCUUACUUUUCCAAAGAACGGUACGAUGUGGAGGCCGGGAAUGUUACGGCACCCCUUCCCUUUCUAGAUUUUUGCUUUUUUUUUUCUUCUUUUUUCUUUUCUUCCAGUCCUUCACGAACUCGCUCGGGCUGCUCCGUGCCCAAAAUCACCAGCCAGCUUGAGUAUCCGUAAUCGUGUGUAUGUGUGUGUGUAUAUAUAUAUAUGCGCGUGCACAUUCAGAUGUGAUGCUCAUCUCGGUGUUAAGUGGUUUAACCGUGGAUUUACCUAUCCAGAUGGCAUAUAAAAAUUUCUUUACACA